AUGGCGCGGCGGGAAGAUGGCGGCGCUGCUCUUAACGGCGGCGCCAAAGGCUCGGCUGCGAGAUUCCGGGGCAACAUUUCGGGCGGCUCGGCCGCCUCCCGCGGAGCAAGGAGGGCUACCCUGCUCGGCUCUGCCGCGCCUUGCGGGCUCGUGCUGAGUCCCCCGCCUGGCCUUGACCUCUCCCUGCGUGGCAGCGGGAGCCUCGGCCCCAGCUUUGCAGGGCAAAGGGUAAAUGUUCCUGAAGAUGUAGCAGACAAGUUGCUCCUUGCAAGUUGGGGUCUUCCCAGAGCAGUUCUGGAGAAAUACCACAGUCUGGGAGUAGUACAGAUGUUUGAAUGGCAAGCAGAAUGCCUAAUGCUUGGACAAGUUCUGGAAGGGAAGAACCUAGUUUACUCAGCUCCUACCAGUGCUGGAAAGACUCUUGUUGCAGAAUUACUGAUUUUGAAACGAGUUCUGGAGACUCGUAAGAAAGCUCUUCUUAUCCUUCCCUUUGUCUCUGUGGCCAAGGAGAAAAAAUGUUAUCUGCAGUCCCUGUUUCAGGAGGUGGAUGUGACAGUUGAAGGCUACAUGGGAAGCAUGUCUCCUGCUGCACGUUUCUCUGCCCUGGAUGUUGCUGUCUGCACCAUUGAGAAAGCCAACAGCCUAAUCAACAGGCUAAUAGAAGAAAACAAAAUGGACUCACUGGGGGUGGUGGUUGUGGAUGAGCUGCACAUGUUGGGAGACUCUCAUCGAGGAUAUCUGCUGGAACUCCUUCUGACCAAAGUUAGAUAUGUUACAGAGAAGGUUGCCAAACGACAGGUGAAGACAACCAGUCCUGGUUUUAGUGGGAUACAGAUAGUAGGCAUGAGUGCUACCCUCCCUAACUUGGGACUUCUAGCCUCAUGGUUAGAUGCAGAGCUCUACUGUACAGAUUUUCGCCCUGUGCCUCUCAAGGAGUGGGUGAAAAUUGGCAGCAGCAUUUAUGACUCCUCCAUGAACUUAGUGCGAGAAUUCCAGCCCAAGCUCCAACUGAAGGGAGAUGAAGACCAUGUUGUGAGCCUCUGUUAUGAGACUGUUUGUGAUGGCCAUUCAGUCCUGCUUUUCUGUCCAUCCAAGAACUGGUGCGAGAAGCUUGCAGACAUCAUUGCCAGGGAAUUCUACAGUUUGCAACAGGCUGAGAAUUCUGCAAAAAACUCAGCCCAUGCCCAGACCAUUGUGGACAAAGAAGGGAUUGAAGAGGUUCUGGAUCAGCUAAAACAUUCUAUCUCAGGCCUGGACUCUGUGCUCCAACGUACUUUGCCAUGGGGAGUGGCAUUUCAUCAUGCAGGUCUGACUUUUGAAGAACGAGACAUCAUUGAAGGAGCCUUUCGCCAGGGCUUGAUUAGAGUUCUAGCAGCAACCUCCACGCUCUCCUCUGGAGUGAAUUUGCCUGCACGCCGAGUCAUUAUACGUACUCCUGUGUUUGGUGGCAAACUGCUGGACAUUGUCACUUAUAAGCAGAUGGCUGGAAGGGCUGGCAGGAAAGGAGUGGACACAGAGGGUGAGAGCAUUUUAGUUUGCAAGCCCUCAGAAAGAUCAAAAGGGACUGCUCUUCUUCAGGGAUCUCUCAAGCCUGUUUGCAGUUGCUUGCUUAGAAGAGAAGGGGAAGGUGUUGCCUGUAGCAUGAAAAGAGCAAUACUUGAGAUCAUUGUGGGAGGACUGGCCAACACUCCAGAUGAUGUGCACAACUAUGCUUCUUGCACUCUUCUUGCAUCCAGCUUAAAAGAAGACAAAAGGGGACACGAGAAAGCGCAAAAUGAGGCACAGACUGGGCCUGUUGAGACUUGCGUGGCAUGGUUGCUGGAAAAUGAAUUCAUUCAGGUUCUAGACUCUGGCAGUGAUGUGAAAGCAAAGGUUUAUCACCCAACACAUCUUGGCUCGGCUACUCUUUCCUCUUCUCUUUCACCAACUGAAGCUAUGGAAAUCUUUGCUGACCUACAGCGAGCUAUGAAAAGCUUUGUCCUGGAGAAUGAUCUGCAUAUUGUCUAUUUGGUCACCCCAGUGUAUGAGGAGUGGACCACAAUUGACUGGUACCAGUUUUUCUGCUUAUGGGAAAAGAUGCCUGCCUCAAUGAAACGUGUGGCUGAGUUGGUGGGGAUCGAAGAAGGCUUUCUGGCACGCUCUGUGAAGGGUGAAAUCAAAGCUAAAACAGAGAAACAGCAUAGACAAAUGGCCAUCCAUAAAAGGUUUUUUACCAGUCUUGCCCUUCUGGAUUUAAUCAGUGAGGUUCCAUUGAAGGAUAUGGCCAAGAAAUAUGGCUGUAGUCGUGGCCAGCUUCAAUCCUUACAGCAGUCUGCUGCCACUUAUGCAGGAAUGGUAACUGUUUUCUGUAGUCGACUGGGCUGGCACAACAUGGAGCUGUUGCUCUCUCAGUUCCAGAGCCGCCUCAUUUUUGGGGUUCACAGGGAGCUUUGUGACCUGGUACGAGUGUCUCUGCUGAAUGCCCAGCGUGCUAGGACACUUUACAAUGCCGGCUUUGUCACCAUGGCUGAUCUUGCCAAAGCCAGUCCUGAUGAUGUGGCAACUGCUCUGAAGAAUUCGGUGCCAUUCAAAAGUGCCCGGAGAGCUGUGGAUGAAGAUGAAGAAUCAGUAGAGGAGCGUCGGACUGUGCGCAGCAUCUGGAUGGCUGGAAUGAAAGGCUUAACUGAAAGAGAAGCAGCUUCCCUCAUUGUGGAGGAAGCCAGGGGACUUCUCCAGCAGGAUUUGGCACUGAUGGGAGUGCAGUGGAACCCAGAGUCUUUUGUUGAGACUGAUGCAUCCUCUGUGAUCAGCAGCGAGUCAGAACUUGAGGACAGACGAUGUAGAUCAAAUGGAGAGCUGUCUUCUGAGUCUUCAAGGGUGUUCAACAGAAAAGGGUGCAGAGUUCACCAUCAGAAUGGCAUUGGUUUUCAGACUGGAAACUUAUCAAAUAUUAAAAAGGGAUAUAAAAGGAGAUUAAGCAGUAGUACAGAAAACUCCAGACUUGAAAGUAGAGUCCCAGGCAGAAGACAGAUUGAAGCAGAGGACAGCAAUGAUGAUGUUGUGUACACUGCAAGAAAGCGGCCAAACACAUGCAUAGAUAACGGAAACGUAGAAGGAAUUUCUCUGGUCAAAACAAAGACAGAUUCCACAAGAUCAGUUCCACAACUCCCUCCUGAGAAAGUUAAAACACCAACACUGAGAGCAAAGUCUUCAGCCUCUAGAUUGAUAAAAAGUACAGGCAUGCAUUUAAACCAGACAAGGAACAAAAAUACUGCUUCAAAACUGCAGAGGUCACUUCUUGAAGACUCAAGUAUGCUUAGCAUAGACAUAGAAAAGCUGCCUGCUUUGCACCCUGCCAUCCCCACUGAUAAUUUUUUUCCAGGCCAAAACAAUAAGGAAUUUAUGGAAACAAGAUCUGUAGCUCAUAAAGUCUCAAAUUCCGUACAGAUGAGAGAAAUCAAUCCUGGGAGAAAAGAUAAAAUGGAAGGGUUUUGUACAGAACAUACCACCACUUGUGAUGAAGGUAUGCCUAAUGGGGGAGCUUGUUUUCAGGCACCUCUUAGAAGACAGAAUACUCCACAGCUCAAGGUGGAGACACAUAAUACUGUAGGAAGUCUAGUAACACCCGGUAGUGCUGGGACACAGAGGAAUGAAUAUACUGAUGAUAAGCAGAAUAAAAUGAAUAAAAUUCAAUCAGAUAGGAGCUGUGCUGAGGUGAUGGUUGGUAAACAACAGAUUGCUUUAGGUACAGGUCACUGUAAUGUACCUGCUUGCUGCUCUGGAAGUGGACAUGUCCAUCAUGGCAGCAGGAUCCAGAAGCCUGUAUGUUUUAGUCCUGGUGAGGAUACAUCCUGCCAUGUUCAGAUCCAGAAUGACAGCAGUAAUGGUAGUAAAAAGCCCAACAGAAUAUUGUUACAAGCGGGAGUACUGCAGAAAGCCAACAGUCAUCCUAAGAGUUAUGUGAAAGACUCUCUAGUAAAAUCCAGAGGUGUUUGUUAUACAGACAGUGUUUGUAAAGCUCCAUCCUUUGGUCAGUUUUCUGACUCUAGAGACUUUGAAGACAGCUUCCAGUUGGAUACUCAAACUGAGAUGUUAAUAAAACAGGAGGGAGCAGCUGGAAUCACAGGCCAGCAGGGAAUACAAGGUUCUGAGCUGGCAACAAUACCACGGCAGGCAGUCUCUGAGAAACUAAGCACUUCACAAACUGACAGUGCUGCUGCUGAAGGACUGGCUCCAACAGUUAGGAAACUUGGCUUCUCUAGUCCUGUCACAACAAAUAAUGUUACAAAAGACACUGUUCAGCACUACAGUAAUAAAGUUUUGGAUUCUGGAGGCCUUAAUUUACAGCUGGUAGCAAAGGAAAUAGAAUCUGCACUUUGCCUUAAAGAAAGUGAUUUCUCAGUGACUGACUCUCAGCUACACAGUUUUCUACAAGAUUAUCAGACCCAAAAUUCAAUGAAAGGAGAGAGUGUGUCUAAAGACCUUAACAAAAUAACCUCCUUUUUUGGUAGGGAACGUACUGUACAAGUAGAAUGCCACCCUGUCCCUGAAACAAGCCUGAACAUGAGUGAUAGUUUGCUGUUUGAUGAUAGCUUCAGUAAUGUCAGUGACCUUUCAGCUGUUCACAUCAUGGAAUUUGAUAGAAAGGACCCUGUGGGGAAGCAAGAAACUUUCCUUCCUCCAGAUGGUCUUUUGCAGAAUCUAAGGCCUGUUCAGGAUAAAUUUGACUUCAGUGGCAAUCAGAAAGAGCAUGAUGAUCCCACUCAGUGUAAUAACAUGUCUCUAGCACUCUCUGGUCUUAUAACUGAAGUUUUAGAUCAUGCAAACUCUCCAUCUUUUCUGGAAGACCUUCCUUCUAUGUGUUGUGGUCAGUCAGGAUUAAGAAAGCCCCCAGGUAUUUGUAACGAUGAUCCCAGACCAAAGGAUUUAUUAGGAGAUCAAGGUGAGAGGCUCCAGAGAAGCCAGCAAGCUUUAGACAAGAAAACCAAUCCAGUGGUGUGGACUGACUACUCUUUUGAACUGAGCCCAGGGUUGCAGGAUGUGUUAGACAAGUGGCCUAGUCCCUCAGGCAUUGAACCAGUUCCAGUAAACUCCUGUUUGAAAGGACAGUUAGUUGCUCCUAUUGCUAAUCAAGAGCCAGCUCCAGUUUUUGAAUCUGACCAUUGUCAGCCAGAGCCUUUGUGUACUUUGAAGGAUUUUAAAAGCUUUUGCAAGGUUAAAGAAAAUGAAAAGGAAAGCUCUGAUCACCAGAAAACUGACUGGAUAACACUUCCACUCAAGGGAAGCACCAGAAAGCCCUCCUGUCUUCCACCAGACAGCAAUAAUGGGCUUAUUCCUCCAACACCACCUAAAAAGCUUUUUCUGAAGAGUUCUGUUUCUCUUUCUGUGAAAUCUUCAAAGAGACAAGUUGCCUGCAUGAACAAAGGGCAGCUGAUUCAGCUACAUCAGAGGAGUGAGAGCAAUGCAGAGCAGCAGGUGGAAACACUCCAGCUCAAUCAUGAGAGUGUAAACCCACUUGAGACUGAUGAGAUAAAAGACGAUUCCACCAUAGACCAAGGCUUUUCACUACAGCUAUCUCAGGAUGUUUUUCCACUCAUUCCCUUAAGUGCUGAAAGUUUCACUAUUAUUGAUGUAGCCAGUGACAAAGCACUGUUCCAGACUUUUGUGGCAGAAUGGAAAGAGAAAACCAGAUUCUCCAUCUCUGUGGCAUGUGAAAGAACAAAAUGCCUUUUGUCUCCCAGAUCAACAAUUGGUGGCAAAUUUAAAACAGUAAGUUCUCCUCAGUGGAUGCAAGUGAAAGAUGAUGGAUUUCCUGUCCAUGGCUGUGAAGAUAUCUUAGUAGUUGGACUAGCAGUGUGUUGGGGUGGAAAAGAUGCCUACUAUAUCUCUUUGCAGCAGAUGCAAGACCAGACUGGAAUCAGUAUGAGUUUGGCACCACCACCUUUGGACAAAAACCUAUCUGUGACAGAGAGACUGUAUCAUCUGCAGCUGUACCUUCAGAAGAAAUCCAAGCAGGAGCGCUCGCUUGUCAUGUAUAACUUCAUUCAGCAUUACAAGAUUCUGGUGAUGGCUUGUGGCAUCUCCUUGGAAGGAAAUUUUGAGGACCCAAAGGUGGCAUGUUGGCUGCUUGAUUCUGGCUCUAAGGAACGUACACUCCACAACAUGGUGACUAACUUUCUCCCCAGUGAGCUGCCUCUGCUGGAAGGAGUAGGCACUGGCCAAGGUGUGCAGAGCCUGGGACUGAGUGCCAGCGAAGAUCAUACUGGGCGUUACAGGGCAGCAGUAGAGUCUGUGCUUGUCUUCGCUGUCAUGAACCAACUCCAUCAUGAAUUACAGAAAGAAAAUCUGACAGACACAUUUUCUAAAGUGGAGAUGCCCACACGUUAUUGCUUGGCUCUGCUGGAGCUGAAUGGCAUUGGUUUUAGCACUGCAGCGUAUGAAACCCAAAAACAGGUCAUGAAAGCUAAACUGAGCGAGAUUGAGACCAAGGCUUAUCAACUGGCAGGCCACAGCUUCUCCUUGACCAGCCCUGAUGACAUUGCAGAGGUUUUGUUCCUGGAGCUGAAGUUGCCACAAAAUGGAGACGUUAAAGUUCAAGGGAGCAAGAAAACUCUGGGUUACACUAGAAAAGCAACUGCUAAAGGAAGCAGGGCUAGGUUGAGCAAGCAGUUCAGUACAGCCAAGGAUGUGUUGGAGAAAUUAAAGAAACUUCACCCGUUGCCAGGGCUGAUCCUGGAAUGGAGGAGAAUCAAUAAUGCCAUUACCAAAAUAGUGUUUCCACUACAGAGGGAAAAAAGAUUGAAUGCUGCCCUGGGAAUGGAAAGGAUAUAUCCAGUAUCACAGACUCACACAGCUACGGGUCGAAUAACCUUCACAGAGCCAAAUAUCCAGAAUGUGCCAAGAGAUUUUGAGAUCGAAAUGCCAACCAUGGUUGAAGAAAGCCCACCCUCCCAAGCCCAUCAUGGAAUUGUUAAUUCUUAUGCUCUUCCUGGAGGCAGAUGCAGAAAACAUUCCAGUAUUUUGCCUAAUGGCCUAAAGGAUCAGCCUGAAGAUGGACCCAAAGAAAGAGGAAUACCGUUUUCUGUUAGCAUGAGGCACGCUUUUGUUCCCUUUCCAGGAGGUUUAAUCUUGGCUGCUGAUUACUCUCAGCUUGAGCUGAGGAUCCUUGCUCACUUGUCUUGUGACUGUCGACUCAUCCAAGCCUUGAAUGGGGGUAGUGAUGUUUUUAAGAGCAUUGCAGCAGAAUGGAAAAUGAUUGAUCCUGAAGCUGUUGGAGACAGGACCAGACAACAAGCUAAACAGAUUUGCUAUGGAAUCAUCUAUGGAAUAGGAGCAAAAUCUUUAGGCGAGCAGAUGGGGAUUGAUGAAAGUGAAGCUGCCAAUUACAUUGAAUCCUUCAAAUCAAGAUACACAGGGAUUCAGAAAUUCUUGAGGGAAACAGUGAGGAGCUGCAGGAGAGAUGGAUUUGUGCAGACCAUCCUGGGAAGACGGAGGUACCUGCCAGCUAUCAAAGAUGCAAAUCCCUACAGUAAGGCUCAUGCAGAGCGACAGGCUGUGAAUACAACUGUUCAGGGAUCUGCUGCAGACAUCGUCAAGACAGCCACUGUGAACAUUCAGAGACGCCUGGAAGCAUUCUCUGUGAUCAAGUCCCACGGACAUCUGGAGAGCUCCUUCCAGAGAGAUAAGACUGGAAGGCUAACAAGGAAGAGAAACAGGGGGAUACUAAAUCCCAGCAGUGGAGGUUUCUUUAUUCUCCAACUCCAUGAUGAGCUCCUUUAUGAAGUUGCAGAGAAUGAUGUCAUCCAGGUUGCUCAGAUUGUCAAGCACGAGAUGGAGAAUGCCAUCAAACUGUCAGUGAAACUAAACGUUAAAGUGAAAAUUGGACCUAGCUGGGGAGACCUGCAGGACCUGGAGUUCUGACAUGAAAUGCAGCAUUCCUACGUGUGAUGAGGUGGAAGGCACCAUGAACUGGGCACAAGGGCUGGAGACUCACCUGCACAUCUAUGCCAUCCUCUGUAUUGUGUUUCUACAGAUGUCACUGCAAGCUGCCUUCCAAAAUACAUGGCAGAAGUGAAUAUAAAUUAGCUAAGCCAAAUGCUUUAUAAGGCACAGCGAAGGAUGUUUACAGAACUGUGAAAUUCUUGAGUGCUAAAAGCAGAGUAUUUAAAUUAAUUCUGUUAAAGUAUGCUGCAUUUUGUAAUUUAAAACACCCCCCAGAAAAAAACUGAUGAAUUUAUUACAUCUGAAAUGAGCUAGAUUAUUUAAUUAAAAUGAGGCACAAAGGUAA